GUCUCUGGAGGUUUCGUUUUCAGCUUGAAGAUGGUGCUCUCGAACAAGAAGCUCAAGCAGAAGCUUCGUCAAGAUUUGGUCAAAAACCUAUCUGUCUCUGUAUCCGAAACCAAUCCAGAAUCAGUCUCGAGCUUGCAAUCUCAAUCUCUGAAAAAUCUCCUAGACUCAGCCAGCCACAAACCCAGAUUGUCAAAAAGAGAGAAAAAAAGAAAGGUCGAAACUGUCACAAGUGGAGAAGAACCCAAUGAAGUGGAAGGUGGUGACGUUGAGAAAACUGAUGAAAAGAGUGUGAAGAAGAGGAAGAGAGACGAUACUGUGGAAGACAAAGUAGUUGAAGAAGGCAAAGUAGGUGAAGAAGGCACUAAGGAAGGAGAUGAAUCACAGAAAAAUAAGCCUAAGAAGAAGAAGCAAAAGAAGAAGAAAAGAAAGGCAAAGAAAACUCCAAAGAAGGCUGAUGAUGACAAAGUAGAAGAGAAGGUUAAGGCAGAAGAGACUCAAGUUGUGACAGAGAGUAAAGAGGAAGAAGAUGGGAUUGUUCCUAAGAAGUUGUACGUUGGUGGUAUUCCUUAUCAGAGCACAGAGGAUGAGAUUCGUAGCUACUUUAGAAGCUGUGGUGUUAUUACAAAAGUUGACUGCAAGAUGCGUCCUGAAGAUGGAGCCUUCACUGGGAUUGCUUUCAUCACUUUCGAAACUGAAGAUGGUGCUAAUCGUGCUUUGGCCUUUGAUAGAGCUGCAAUGGGUGAUCGAUAUUUAACAAUCCAGCAAUACGUGAAAACCACACCUUCCGUUCCAAGAACGAGAACAUCUUCUGGCUUUGUUCCAGAGAUGGUGGAAGGUUACCACAGGGUGUACAUUGGGAACUUAGCGUGGGACACAACAGAGCGUGACAUACGCAAACUCUUCUCUGACUGCGUUAUAACCACGGUGCGGUUAGGCAAAAACAAAGAAACAGGAGAGUUUAAAGGGUACGCUCAUGUGGAUUUCAAGGAUAGUGUCUCUGUGGCCAUGGCUCUUAAGCUGGAUCAGCAGAUUAUCUGUGGAAGACCUGUCAAGAUUUGCUGUGCUCUUAAAGAGAGACCAGUGGAGGAUCAUAGAACUAAACCUACACCUGUUGAAACAAACAAGGAAGAGACUAAUCCUAAUGAAGUUAAUGAUGGGAGCUUCUUUGCAACCACGAUGAGUAGCGGUAAGAUCAAAAGGAGGAGUUGUUAUGAGUGUGGAGAGAAGGGUCAUCUUUCUACCGCAUGUCCCAAGAAGCUUGCUCAAAAUGCGGAUCAAGAGGCUGUUAACGCAAGACCAAGCUAUGAUUUUCAAAGGAGCAAUGGUGGUGGCUCUUACAUGGAUGAGACAUACACUUCAUAUAGUGAAGGCUUAGCAUCUGAGGUUAGCACUGGUAAGAUCAAAAGGAGGAGUUGUUAUGAGUGUGGAGAGAAGGGUCAUCUUUCAACCGCAUGUCCCAAGAAGCUUCAAGAGGCUCAAAAUGCGAAUCAAGAGGCUGUUAACGCAAGACCAAGCUAUGAUUUUCAAAGGAGCAAUGGUGGUGGCUCUUACAUGGAUGAGACAUACACUUCAUAUAGUGAAGGCUUAGCAUCUGAGGUUAGCACUGGGAAGAUCAAAAGGAGGACUUGUUACGAGUGUGGAGAGAAGGGUCAUCUUUCUACAGCAUGUCCCAAAAAGCUUCAAGAUGAGUCUCAUAAAGAGACUGUUAACGCAAGACCGGCUAUGCCAAGCUAUAAUGAUCAUCAAAAGAACUAUGGUGGUGGUUCUUACAUGAAUGAGACAUACACUGCUACCAAUGAAGCUCCUAGUGGAAGCUUACCAGCUGAGGUUAGCAUUGGUAAGAUCAAAAGGAGGAGCUGUUAUGAAUGUGGAGAGAAGGGUCAUCUUUCUACAGCUUGUCCAAAUAAGCUUCAAAACAGUGGUCAUACAAACUCAAAGGUGGAUCACCAGACUGUUGAAGCAGGACAGGUUGAAAAGGAAUCAGGAGAUACUAGCAACAAAGGAGGUUCUUACAUGGACGUGACCAAUGCUACUGAACCGAUACCUGUUGCUGCUGCCACUGUUGAAACUAAUGAAGGAGGCUCAGUGUCUAAGGUUAGCGCUGGUAAGAUGAAAAGGAGGAUAUGUCAUGAAUGUGGAUUAAAGGGUCAUCUUUCUUCAGCAUGUCCUAAGAAGCAGCAAAAAUAGAGGUGAAUCAACAAACUCUACAAAGACAGCUUAAAACAUUGUACUGAAAUGUGUUUUAAAUUUUACAUUUUAAAGGAAGAUAUGAGGACUGCCACUUGGUACUUUGGUAGAAGAAUUGAAUUUUGGUUUUUUUUUUUGUAUUGUUUUAUUAUAGAUCCUACCCAAUCUUUUUUUUUUAUCACACUUGGAGACAACGCUUCU